ACUUGCGUUACUACUUUGCAAAGUUUUAUGAGGUAUCCUACUCAGUAAAGUAUGAUUUCACAACAUUAUAUUACUCAAUUAGGUAAAAAAACUUAAUGUUAUGACAGGUAAUUGUAUAUUUAUAUGGUCUUGAGUCUAUAUUUCAUAAAUAUGUUUACAAAUCUCGCAUUUUUAUUUUUCGAAAAAGUAAUCAAUUAUAGAGUUAUAGAGAUAGUUAUCGUAAUAGUAAAAUAGUAAUAAAACUAUACUAUAGUAGCAGGGAAGGCUAAAUUAGGAGUAGGGUAGGAGUCCUACACUAGCGUAACCAAGUUCUAUCUAGGCCUACUUCUGAAAAUCAUUUUAUUUAUGUGUGAAUGUGUGACUGAAUUAACUUAAUAAGUUUUUAGUAAGAAUCAAAGUUAAAAUUUACUAAGACAUCAUUCAUCAUAUACUACGACACUAUGAUAGUUGUCACCAUGACUAUGAUAUACUUUUUAGGAUUAAGCUACUGCUUGCUACUACAUACUACAUGGGCGACAUGACAUUUAAUAUAAAUAAAUUUAUAUUUUUACUACAAUUAUACAAUCAAUGUAAAUACAUUGACAUUAUUGACAUUAUAAUUUAUAUUAUAAUAAAAAAUUAAUAUGGAAAUCGGUAGUAGUUAAUAGUAACAGCAGUAAUUAUCUAUCAAUGAAAAUUUAAGUGUGCCAGGGCCUAUCUACUGUUUCAGUUAAACUCAGUAAUUUGUAGCCCUAAUCUUAACUUAAAAGUAAAAUACUUAAAAUUUAAAACUUAAAUUACUUAGAACUUAAAUAUAAGCAGGCUUUUUUUUUUUACCAAGCUCCAGCUCAGCUUUGGGAAAAUUGUUGUCGUCUCCACACCCAGCUCUGGCAAAAUUAAAAAGUGGGAGUGGUGUUUGAGGGGGCUAAAUGUUUAAAUUUAAAGAAAUGUGUUUAUUAUUAUCACUUAUCUAUCUUACUAACUAGGCCUUAGAAAUGUGUGCACCGUAUUUUCACAUAUAUAAGACGCGUCUUAUACAAAGUUUUAUGUACCCGGCACCCAGGGUGCGUCAUAUAUGAGUGUGUCUUAUGUUAAAAUAUCAUGCAUUAUACACGAAUUGUCAAAAACCUGCUUCUUAUAUAUGGGUGUGUCUUAUAACUAAGUGUGUCUUAUAUGCGCAAAAAUACAGUACAUAUUUUUUAACACUAACAAAUGUUAAAGUGUUUGAUCUUGAAGGACAAUUAGUUGGUACGAAGGUACUCAACCCAACCGCUAUUAGCAGGCGGCAGAUAAGAAUAAUCGUUGCGGUCCUGCCUCAGACAAUUCUUUUAUCUAUUGGUAAACUAAAAAUGGUAAUGAAGCCUUGUUUACAUCCAACAGUGAACAGGUGAUGAAACAUUGGACAAAUUUUGAUUUAUGAUAAAGGAAAGGAAACCACUGGAUAUAAAUUGCUCAGUGUGGCAGAUGGCUAGGCCACGUGCGUCAUAUGUAAUUUUAGUUUACACAAAUCAUCAAAAAUCGUAUAUAGCUGGUAGAAGAGUGGGGCUACAUAGUUUGCAGAAACAUUUUGUUUAGUGUGGUCACUAGUCUAUAAGUAUAAAAUAAUUCUUUAAAAAAAAUAUCCUAAGAAAUUCUUGUAUUCUAAGUGACAAUUUUUAUAAGUAUUACAGGAAAUCUCAGUAAAUUCAAUGCAACUGGAAAAGCGUUUUUUUUGUUUCAUAGUUAAAUUUAAAAAGAAAAAAUAUAAACUUUUUCCAAAUAUUUUAUAUUCCAUUUUUAUUCAAUUCAACUUGAUUAAUCAAAGGUACUUCUCCUUUGUUUUGUGAAGGAGAGUAACAGGAAAAACUAACAUUCAUAUUCUGGAAGAAGCUUGAGCUUAGGCUCUUAAAAGCCGCUGCUAGGACUGUGGCAACCUGCUCCACCUGUUGGGCUGUGCCAUUUAACAUCUGAACGAAUUACUCUCUUGCCACCCUGUCAAGCUUGGGGCACGGAGUUAGGAGGUGUUCUUUUUUUCUCUGUGGCAAGCGUGCAAUGCCGGCAGGUGGGGUCCCAUUUUUGUCUAGCUUGAUAAAGUCAGAGUUAGUAGGGCAAUGUUACAUCGGCAUUUGGGUCACCAGACAAUGGUGUCACAAUGACCCAUUUUCCGCCAGGGUUACGUUCUGCUAGGUUGUGUUAUAUUGGCCUGUCUGUACCACUUUGUUCUAAAGUGGUCUGCUAGCCAGUUUUUAAGACAGAGAUAAAUGACUUGUGUUUCUGUUUGGGAUUGGGCAGCCCCGGUUUUGCCAGUGUGUCUGCUCUUUCAUUGCCCUUCAUGUUUACAUGGCUUGGAACCCAUUGCACUGUUACCUUACCUCUAAUUUUCUCUAUCUUAUCUUCAUCAUCCAUGAUGGCAUAAACCAAGUGGGUGAUACAGGCUGCUUUAUUCAAAAUCUCAAGAGCAGAUCUUGAAUCUGGAAAAAAUUACUACUGGAAGAACUAAUUUGUUUGCUUGACUUGCUGAGUACAGGAACUAGUGCUGAUAUUUUUGAAGGAAUUAAUAGUUAUUUCUUGGAACAUGAAUUAAAUGGUAAAAAUGUAUUGAUAUAUGUAGAGAUAGUGCUGCAAAUGUGACUGGACAUCUUUCAGGCAUUGCUGCAAGGGUGAAAAAUGUUGGUCACCCAGAUAUUUUGUCUACACACUACAUUAUACAUCAUGAGCAAUUUGCGCAAAAAAUAUGUCCUCCGAAUUACACAAAGAAUUAUUAAAUUAUCAGAUGUAAUUAAAAUGUAAAUGAAAUUCGACACAAAGCUCUCAAUUCUAAAAUAUUUGUUGCACUUUGUGAAGAAAUAAGUUCUCAAUAUACUCACCUUCUUCUUCACUUUGAUGGGAAAUGGCUGUCGAGGGGCAAAAUACUAACCUGCCUGUUUGCCCUGCGCAAAGAUGUCAAAUUAUUUUUCCUGCAGAAAAAUAACUGAAAUUUCAUUAACUCUUUUCUGACGAUGAGUGGGUGGCUAAGCUUGCAUAUCUGGAAGAUAUUUUGUCUACACACUACAUUAUACAUCAUGAGCAAUUUGCGCAAAAAAUAUGUCCUCCGAAUUACACGAAGAAUUAUUAAAUUAUCAGAUGUAAUUAAAAUGUAAAUGAAAUUCGACACAAAGCACUCAAUUCUAAAAUAUUUGUGGCACUUUGUGAAGAAAUAAGUUCUCAAUAUACUCACCUUCUUCUUCACUUUGAUGGGAAAUGGCUGUCGAGGGGCAAAAUACUAACUGCCUGUUUGCCCUGCGCAAAGAUGUCAAAUUAUUUUUCCUGCAGAAAAAUAACUGAAAUUUCAUUAACUCUUUUCUGACGAUGAGUGGGUGGCUAAGCUUGCAUAUCUGGAAAAUAUUUUUUCACUGUUAAAUGAACUAAACAUAUCGAUUCAAGGACAAAAUAGAAUUGUUCAAACUAAGAGUUAAAAUGGGUACUUUUGAAAAGAAAAUUUACUGUGCUAAACACGGUUGCCUGAAGCAGAUAUGAAAUUUUUUUUCAAAUUUUGAUGAAAAUAUGAGAGUGAAGUAUGUCAAGCGGCAGGUGGGUUACCAUUGUUUAACAGGACUUACAAUAAAUCACAGAAUAUUUUGGUCAUUAUUCCCAUACAAAGAAGCAAUUUAAAUAUGAAUGAAAAAGAAAGACUCAUGGAUCUAUCAUUUGUCGACAGUCUCAAAGCUAAAUAUGGAUCAUCCUUAUCAAGACCUCAUUUUUUGGAUAUAUAUAUAUAUAUAUAUAUAACAAUAGAUGUUUACUAAUUAUUAUUUUACAAAUGGAUUAAUCUUUUAACAAAAUUCAUAUUAGUGGUCCGCGGUAAUUAAAAUUAUGAAUUUAGUGGUUUGUUAGGUCUGAAAGGUUGACGUUUGCUGAUCUAGAUCUAGGCCUUUUUUUAUCUUCAGGUCAUAUCAUAAUUAUUUGUUUUCUUUUAAAUUAUUAUUUUGUGAGACUUAAGUCUUAACAGUACUAAGCUAAGUUAAAAGCCAUCAUUAUCAUAUUAUCACUGAUAAAAAAGUUAUUAAACUUAUUAGCAAUGCUUUUGUCAUUCUCAACAAAGCAAGUCUUAAGCCAGUGGUUCUCAACCUUCCUAGUGCCCAGACCCUUUAAUACAGUUUCUCGUAUCAUGGCGACCCCUAGCCACACAAUUAUUUGUGUUGCUACUUCAUAGCUGUAAGUAUAUGUGUUUUCAGAUGGUCUUAGACAACCCCUGGAAAAGGGUCCCAUAACCCCCAAAGGGGUCACGACCCACCGGUUGAGAACCGCUGUCUUAAGCUAUUCAUGUGACAUUUUAAAAAAAUCUCUAACUUUAAAAUGUUAAAUGAUCAGAUAGUAUCUUCCAGGGCAUUAUUUGUUAUUUUUCACUAUCAAAAUUUACCUGAAUAGACUUAAGAGAUUUCCUUAGCUGUGGUUUAGGCUAUUUUCGCUGCAUGAUUUAAAAUAAAAGCUAAUAAUCAUCUUAACUAUAUAAUUACAAUAACCAAGUGUAAGUAAUACUAUUGGUGUCCACCAGUGAUAUAUUUGUAGAAUGCUCUCUAUAUUUGCACCUUUUUGUGUUUGAUAUUCAUUUUCUUUACCUUUGCUUGUUUAAGCUUCUGUUAUACAGGUGACUUCAUACAUUAAUGUCUUACAUUACAAUUAUAAAACAAUUUUGACAUUUGGGAGUUUUUUUUGUUGUGAUUAAAAAAGUGUUAUUUACUUUUCAAAAUAUUUGCCAGUUAUAUAAAAAACUUGUUUAUUUUGAGAAGGUUAAUUCAAUUAAAAAUAUUAUUUGAUUUUUUCAGUGUAAUAUGAAUGCAAUUAAAUUUCCAUUACAGGAAAUUUCUUAUAAAUAGCAAUGAAACCAAACAUUUAUCCUUCAAGUUGAGCCCUGCUCUCAAAAUCAUCUAUGAACAAGUUCUAAAACUUCUGCUUCAAAAUGGAUAGUACAAAAUCUGAUUUUAGUGGAAGGAAAAAGAAAGAUGAAAGAUACAAGGGAGAUGGGGAUAGCACAGAUCAAGACAAAGAAAGGUAAAAAAAGCAAUUUAAUUUUGUGUUAAGCUUAUAUAAAUUUUACUUUAUAUAUGUUUAAGAAUUUAUUUUUAUACCUUCAAUAGGUAUAUUAUAAUAUAGAAUGUUACAAUUUAACAAUAUCUUUAUGUCGGUUAAUCACUGGGCUGUCGUUCAAAAUAUGAAUGUUUUAAUUUUUUUCAUUUGUUGAUUAAAAGCUCAUCUGUGAACGUCUUAUAAGGACAAAUAUUGUUUUUCUUAUUCAUAUAGAAUUGUCAAAUUCAUAAACAAUGGAUUUAACUUUUAGAUUUAGCUCUGCUCAACAAAGGCCUUAUAGAGGAGGUCUGGAUAAAAGUAGAUGUGGCGCAAGAGGCGGAAGAGGAGGCCUCGACAGACCAAAACUUGCUGACAGAGGAGAUCACAAAUAUGAGAGAAGAGACCGAUGUGAAGGCGAUUCAAAAUUUGGAACAAGAGAUAAAGGAGACAAGGAUAGGCGAGGAGAAAGGUGUCUUUGCUAUUAUUGUCUCAGAAUCAUCACCUAAAUUAAAAAAACUAGUGGAAACUCUAAUGGGUUUUAAAAUAUGGUUCAAAUGAAUUUAUUUAAUAUUAGGUUAUUGGCAGUCAAAUUAAAAAACAAUAACAUUCCUUUUUCAAAGUUACAGUUUUACCUGGAAACUUUUGUUUUAGUUUAAAUCAUUUUAUGUUUGUGAAACAUUUGAAUAUUAUUUUUUGAUCUACUUUAUUCUAAUUACAUGAAUUUAAAAUGUUUGUUUCAGAAAACCUCCAGAUAGAGAUGGGAAAAGUAGUACACAAAAGUCUGAAGACAGGAGAACCCCUCACAAAGAAGACAUAGCUACCAAAAAAAGUGAUUCAGAUAUUCCCAAAGAAGUAGAAAAGCAACUGACCGAAGAAGAAAAGAAACAGUUGGAAGAAGAAAAACAAAGACAAGAAGAGGAAGAAAGGAUUAGGAGAGAAGAAGAUGAGAAGGUACAGUUUAUUGCUAUAAAGCAUAUAUGACACAUAAUAUUAGUCCUCAGCAGCAACAUGAGGAUGACUUUGAAACAUCUUUCUUGUUUUACUAUAGUAUCAUGAGUUUUAUUUGAAAAUGUUUAGUGAACAUUUAAAGGAAAUUAAUCUCAUUCUGCAUGACUGACGUAGACAAACUUGGUAGUAGCCAAAAAAAAUUAUAGCACUGCCAGUGAGGUACAUUUGAUAGCAAAAGGUUAGUCAAUUGCAAUAAUAAAAAAUAUUAGUUGAUGGAGAGCUUAAAUCUUGAAAAUAUGUGAUCUUUGGCAAAAUAAAUAAAUCGCUCAGUAGCUGUAAUGAGUUAGAUAUACCUGCUGUGUUGGUUCUUUUACUGAUUCUUAUGGUAUGAUUCUUUAUUUGCCUGACCACCUUGUAAGCCAAAGUUAUAUUAAUCUUAAUCUUAGAAAGAAAAAGAGUACAAAGGUAUGUUGAUGCUUGAAUCAAAAGAUUGGACAAUAAGAUGUGAACAUUUCAGCUUAGAGUCUUCUUCAGCGAACAGGACAAAUCAAAAUAUGGCAAGAAACAGAGGACAGUAAAAAAAACUUUGUUGUUGCCAGAAGUAGGAUUACAGGAAGUGAAAGAAUAUAAAUAUUGGUAUUGAAUUGAUGAAUGAGAGUUUGUAUAGCUUAUGAAGUUUGUUGUAAAAUAUACAUGGACUUUAUUUUUUAAACAUUGUUACAAAAUAAAAUAAAACUCUGAUUGUUUAUUGCUUUUAUUUUGUACAGAGGAAAGCGCUGGAAGAAGCAGAAAGAAUUAAAAAUGAAGAAAUGGUAGGAUUAAAUAAUCUCAACUAUUUAAAAUUGCUGAACUUUUAUCUCAUUGAAACCAGGGGGUAAUACAAAUUUAGAGACCAUCUGGAGAGUUCUUAUAAAAUUUGUUAAAAGUUUAUUGUUAUUUGCUCCUAAACAUUUGAUUUUACACAUACAUUACUUAAGAGAUUUUAUGACAUAUUCUAAAUGUGUCCAAUAUUGGUGAACAACAUUUCUAGCAAGCACUUCAAGAUUACAUUGGUGAAACAACUGAAAGGAAUGCUGCCAAAACUGAGGCAAGAAGUGUCAACCUGACAGCUCCUGGUAAAUAUUGUAUUUCUUUUCUUGUAGUUUUUAAAAAAGUAAAGUCGUUAAAUUGACAAAAAAUAAGUUUAUGGCAUGCAAAAUCAAAUUAGUUCCUAGUUUUUGUUUAUGUCACGCCAGAGAACGUAUAAAAAUAGGACUGCUUACUGCUUACUAUGCCACUGCUUUGUCUACACCAUCGUAAAUAAAUUUGGAGUUCUUAUUCAGAUUCACCCAAAUGACUUUUUUUUUUUUUUUUUUUUUUUUAAUGCACUGCUCUUUUGUAAUCUAAAAUGCUCUGUUGUUAUGAAUUAUAUGGAUACCCAGGUUGCACAUCUUGUUACAGUAGAAUACCAAACUAAACUAGCACAGCAUCUUUUACUUGUGUCAUCAAAACAAAAAAAGGGGGCGUUGGUAGUCCAUCAGUUAAAGCAUCUAUGAUUGGAUCUACCACUUAACUGAUUUAAUUAUGAGAGGUUCUAUUUCAAUAAUAUUUACAUUAAGAAUAAUUGCCUUCUCUCUCAGAAAACAGACCCGAUGAGUCCUUCUUUACCAAACUAGAUUCAAAUUUAAAGAAAAACACAGCUUUCAUAAGAAAACUUGUGAGUCUUGUUUUCCUUAACACUUGUUAUUAAGUACUUUUAUUAGUUUUGCUACUUGACUUUUUAAAGAAACAUUAAUUGUGAUCUAAUGUUACAAGAUUGAAUAAAUUUAAUUCAGGUUGUAGUUUGAGCAGUUUUAAAUUAGGUAGGGUUGAUAAUUUAUAAAUUAUUUCUUUUACUUCAUGUAUUUUUUCAAACUGUUUUUCUCAGAGAAAUUUGACAGAUUCCCAGAAAGAUGCUCUGAGUAAAGAAUUUCUUGGAUUAAAUCUAACUAAAUACAUAGAAGAAGUGGUAUGAAGAUUUAUUGUUUGGUUAUUGAAACUAGUUAGAAUGUAAUCAUGUCUAAAAAGAACAAUGAGGUAUAAUUAACUAUAAAAUUAAUACAUUCUUAUUAUAAUUUAUACUAUUCCUUGCAAUAUGUAAUGUUUAAAUGAAUAGUUUUAGAUAAUUUAUUUGCCAAUAUUUGCAUUGUUUAUUAAGUUUUAAACGGAACAUACUUUUAACAGGCUGGUGCUAUCAUUGACGCCAAACUGAAAAUGUCUGAUGUGCCAUGUGCUAUCCAUAUCUGUAGUCUGCUGCACAAGAGAUAUGCUGACUUUAGUCACUCCCUCAUUGAAGUUUUCAAUAAAUAUCUUUUAUCAAAGAAAGAUGAAAAAGUAGGUUUAUUUUAAACGAUGGCGAUUUCUAUAGUAAAUUGAUUUUUUAAAAACAUUGUUUCUAAAGAUAAAAACAAAACAAUUUAUGAUUUUCUUCUAUUUUGUUCUUACCCCAUUUCAAAUUAUUAACAUUUUAAAAUAACUAUUUACGUAUCAGAAUAUUUUGAUGGUCAAACUUUUUUGGUUACGUUUUAAAUUGAAAUUAAAAGAGCCGGAAUUCUUCCAGAAAUACAACAUACUCUUAAAAAGGUAAUUUAAAGAAAUUAAUCCAAAAUGACAAAUGUGAUUACUUCACCAGAUAAGUAACGCCAGUAAAUACAGAGUGGAUCUGAGAUUUCUUGGUGAACUCAUAGCACAUGGAGUUUUUACUGCUAAGGAGGGUUUGCCUAUUCUGGCUAACCAGCUUUCAAUUUUAGUUAACAGUGACAGAGAUGAGCAUAAUUAUCUUCCCAUUAUUACAAGUUUUUGUAAACACUGCGGUGAUGAUUACACAGGAAUUGUGCCUCGCAGGUUUCGGUGAGAACUGAUUUUGUUGUAAUCGUUUGUUUAAUAUAUGGUAAUACCUGGAUUAUUGGAAGAGCUGCAUUCUGAUACACCCUGCAAAAUCCUGUUUUAGGAUUUCUGUAUAUCUUAAAGCUUAAUACACCCUUCACACACACUUAUAAACCUUCCCACAAUUUUGCUUAUAUUUCCAACAUCCUUAUAAACAUUUUGCAUGCUCUCAGACACUUAAAGUAAUAAAUAUAUAAAAAUAUGUUUAUUGUAUACAGUAAAAAUCCUGCAAAAUAGCGAAACAUUCAACACCAGUAACAGAAGCAUUGCAAAUCCCAUCUACAUGCAUAGGAGCCAAAAUGAUCAAUAAAUUGAUCGUGGGCCCUUAAGAUAUAGAAGAAGAAGAAUGUACCCUAGGAGAAAACUCUCAUUUCUAGCUUUUAAACAUUUAGUAACACGUAACAGAAAAUAGAGGCGUAAACUGCCUUUUUACAUGAAAAACAAUUUCAUAGCUGUAGUUCAUUCAUAUCUUGUUUUUAUUUCAUUUAGCUCCAAUUAUCUAUAAUAACUAUGGAUUUUUACUGAGUUAUUACAGUAUGGAAUGUUUACAAGAAAUAUUUAGAUUAUUUUUUACUUUUAUUGUUAAAUUGAUGCUCAUUUUUGUUCUGGUUUGGGAUAUUCAAUAGUAAAUUAAAAUAGUUUCAGAAUAAAAUAGAAUUACAGUCUUUCUUUAAAAAAAAUAGGAAUAGUAAUAGUGAUAUAUGAAAAUAUAUACUAAUAAAAGAUUAAAAGCUUAAAACAUGUAUCUCUAAAUAUGUAAACUUUAUUAGCAAGUUGAGCAUUUAAAGGAAUAUAAGUGUAUAGUCUUUUAUAUAUAUAUAUUUUUUUUAAAUGUUUAAAAUAUUUUAAAUAACUAAUUUGUUUUCAGACUUUUGUCAGAGAAAUACAACAUGGAGAUAGCUAAAAGUCAGGUAUUUAAAAAGCAUUGGACAAAUUAUGUUGUUAAUGAAGAAUUAAAAAAAAAAUAGCCUAGUUUAUUUAAUAAUCCCAGUCUAAUAGCAUUUGGAAGUCACAAAUAGCUAUUUAUUUAUUUUAUGCACGUGCAAGUGCUAGUUUUAGUAAUUUGAUGUGAAUUACAUAUGAAUCAUAGUAAUACAUUUAAAUUGAUAAAUACAAUAAUAAUCUCAAUAAUCUACUUACAGUUCCUACCACCAGACAGACAAAAGGGCUGUCGAAAUCUCUUGAAAGAUUAUUACUCAUCUUUGGUAAAACAUGUAACCAAUUCACACAAAGAGCUCAAGUCAAUGGAACGACACAACAGAAAAAUAAUGCAGGUAAGAAACAUUGAUUACGUCAUUAAAAACAUUUCUGCAAACAUUUGAGCUCAUGAACAAAAUAUUAUGUAAAUUAUUUAUUUAUCCAUUAGUAAGUUAAAUUAAGUUGCAAGAAGAAAAUCAAAUUAUUAGCUUUAUAUAAAAUAUUUAAUAUAACCAAUUUUUUUCAUCCUAGAUUUUAUGAAAUUCAACAUUUUAGUAGAUAAUUCUUUUUAUAUACUAUAGUUAUAUUAAUUUUAUGUUUUUCACCUAUAAUUUUUAAUUAUAUUAUACUUUAUCUAAAAUUGAAAUUUCAAGUCCUACUAUUUUAUGUCUAGUCUAAAGGUGAAAUCUCCAGUGACCGGAAAGAGGCUUAUGAAGCCGCCUUUGCUGCUUUCCAGAAACUCUCCUCAAGUGCCACUGUCUUAGCUGUAAGUAUGAAACAUUCUUGUAUUAACAUGGGAGCCACCAUCACAAUGAACACAGCUUUUUAUUUACUGUGCAUUCAAUAUUUCAUCAUUUUUUAUUUUCAUUUUUAGUCAUUAAUCUAUUGUUUUUAUAAAAUUAAUCUUAGAUGUAUAUAAUUCCUUCAUUGCAUUGGUUCUAAUUUUAACUUCCUAUCAGGUAUCAUCUGUGUGCUAUAAAUAAAUUUAGUUUCUUGCUCAUGUACAUUUUAUUGUCUGCGAAUAAAAUAAAAAAUUAGCCCAAUGGUGUUCUUAAAGAAUGUGACAUUUAGAAAUACUAUUUGUUAAAAUAAUUUCUAUUUUUAAAAAAAUGAAUACCCAGCGUCAUACAUCUGUAAUUCAUUGUUAAAAACACCACUCCUAUAGGACUUACUUGAUGAAGACUUUCCAGAGUUUCCACAAGAAGGCAAGUUUUUAGAUAACUGUUAAAUAAUUACCUUACAUGAAGAGCUAAUGGAAAUGCUUUUGCUGAACAAAUUUUGGAUUUAAAAAAAAUAAAAAAAUCAUUACUAAAAAUAAUUUUUUAAAGUCCAUUUAAGAGGUAUAGGAAAAAAACAAGUAUACUUGUGCUUGAAAAAUGUAUGAUUAAAUUAUUGACAAGAAAUCUCUAAUGUCAUGUAAAUAGCAUAAUAGAAACAGAAACAUGUAAGGAAAAAUGUGUAACUUACUUUUUAAACAGAAUAUACAGAUGAUGGAAAUGGUGUCCUGGAUAUUUUUAAUCCCUUGAAAGAUUUGGAGGUAAGCAAUAUUGAGAUAAACAAAUACAGGCUUUUUAAAGGUGCAUCUUUUACACUUAGAUUUUAUAUGUUGAGGUUACUAUUAUUAUUAUAUAACAUAAUAUCAUCUUUCAUUCUGGGUGAUUUAUACAUUAAAUCAUUUCAAAUCAUACAAUUACCUCUGAGUUGACAAGAUAUAUUUGUUAUUGAAAGCUUGCUUCUCAGUUUCAGUAUGAUGGGGAUAAAACACUUUUUGAAGAUGAAGACACUAGGUCUUUCUAUGAGACACUUCCAGACCUUAGAGCCUUCAUCCCAAGUGUAAGACUUUUACCUCUAAGUUUAUAUUUAUUUUCUUGAAUUUAUUUUAGUUGAGAAAGAAUUUCUUUUGUGUGAACUAAUUUUUAAAUUCAUAAUUAAACAAAACUUAACUAGGAAACCAAAAAAGCUCUGCAUAAAAUUGUGUGAUAUGUAUUACCUAAAGUUUUGACAUCAAUUGUUGUCAUUUAGUUCCUAAAUUCAUAUCAGAUCUUGUACAGAGACAGUGAAAAUAUCAGCACUAAAGAUGCUCUCAAAAAUGCUGACACAGGUUUAGAGGAGGGUAAGUCAUAUUCCCAUAGAGAAAUGUUAAUGCAACUUAUUAUCUGCAUCCGUGAUACUAAACCUAUUUUUUUACCAAAGACUCCAUUGGUGAUCUGGAAAAGCCAUUACAUUGUUUGGUCUGACUGUUACAGUUGUACUUUCAAGCUAGGUAAAAUAUACCAAUCUUUUAUAUUUUAUUGCCAUUCAACAGAAUCCAAAAUGCAACUUAUUUUGUUUUCACUCCCAGAAAUGGACCAACUUGCAGUAGAUGAUAUUGAAAAAGAGCUUGAGACAGAACAGAUAGAGGAGAACAUGAAAGAGGCUGAGAGACAAGAAGCUGGGAGGGAUGCAGUGGCAGAAGCUGAGGAAGAGAGAUUUACUAUUCCAGAGGCAGAAGGUACAGAAAUAUUUUGUUACUCAAUUUUCAUAUCUGUUUAUAUUGAUGGACACUAAAAGAAUUUAAAACAAAUUUUGCUAUUUUUUUUUAUGGAAUGAUGUAAUGUUAUCUAUUGCUUUUGUUGAAUGAUACCAUCUUUUUGUUUUAAUAAAAAUAGAAGAUGACACAGAAACUGGAACACUAAUGAGAGUCCAGUUUGAAUCCUUCCUGGCUUCACUUCCCAACUCUGUCAACAGGGAUAUGAUAGAUAAUGUGAGCGUUGUAUUAUAUAUUGUAAAACUAACUUAUUGAUAACUAGGGCAGAAUUUUUAAAAAAAAUCUCAUGUUGAGAUAGUAAUAACAAUGUGUUUAUAAGUGUUAAUACCCAUUUUCUAUUUUGAUGAACUUACAAAAAAAACCACAUAAUUUAUGCUUUCUUUGAAUUUUAGGGACCUAAAGAGUUGCAAUAUUUGUAUGUUUCUUUACAGGCUGCAACAGAAUUCUGUAUGAACUUUAACACAAAAUCCAAUCGUAAAAAGUUGGUGAAAGCCCUCCUUUCAGUCCAUAGGACAAGGUAAGUGAUGACAUAAUGAAUGAUGUGUCAUCAAUUUGUGACAAGGUAAGUGCAGACAUAAUUAAUGAUGUGUCUUUGAUAUUUGUGACAAGGUAAGUGCAUACAUAAUGAAUGAUCUGUCAUCUAUUUGUGAUAAGGUAAGUGCAGACAUAAUGAAUGGUGUGUCAUCAAUUUGUGACCAUGAAAGUGCAGACACAAUGAAAGUUUUAUUUAUUUGUGACAAGCUACUUGUGUUAUAAUAGUUUCUCUUUCUGUGUUUUGUUUCAUACCUAUGAUUACUGAUCUGUAGGUACGAUCUCUUGCCCUUCUACUCACGGCUGGUAGCCAUUUUGGAGCCCUGUAUGCCAGAACUUGCCAGUGACCUUGUUCAAGCUCUCAAAGCAGACUUCAAAUGGCAUGUAAGAUAUUUUAAAUUUAAUUUUUUACAAAUUUUUAUUCUGCCAUUUAUUACUAUCCUACUUAAUUAUGCAAAAACUGCUCUGAUUCUUUCAAGCCAUCUGCAGAAAUUGAUUCUAUUAUUCUUGUAUUAGUUUCACUCUCUCCAUCUUUUCAGGUUAGGAAAAAGGAUCAAAUAAAUAUUGAAUCAAAGCUCAAGAUUGUUAGAUUUAUUGGUGAGUUUUAUUAUCAAAUUUUAAAGUGAGAAUUUAAAAAAAUCUAUUUAUUUAUCAAUUUAAAAAAGAUGGCAAAGACCCUUCAAGUUAGCAUUUAUUAGUUGUAUGUAAAGUUGAAAGUUAAGGGGUAUCUACAUGCGCAAUUCAUGUUAAGUCAAAGUGCCUUCUGAAACUUUUUAAUAGGUUCUAAUUUUAAUGCAUUGUUUAUUUUAAAUUUAUUACAGCAGUUGUAAUAAUUUGCCAUGUUUCAAUUUUUAGAAGUCUAUUUUCCCUCAUUCCAAAAAUUCAAUAUUAUAAAACCCUGUUUUUGAAAACUGUUAAAUUUUACCAACAGUAUAACUUUCUUAGACCCUUACAUUGUGAGGCAUGUUAUUUUGAUGUACCAAGAGUUACUGUAAAAUUGUAUCCAGUGCUCAGCUGACUUCUUCAUCUGUAUAGUUCUUGUUACUCUUAGGUGAACUCGUCAAGUUCAAGGUCUGCCCAAAAAUAGAAGCUCUUCAAUGUUUGAAGGUGUGUGCCCAAAUCUUUUUAACAUUUUUAUUAAACUUCAGGUAUUAUCAGAUACUACUUCAAUUUUAGAUUAAGCAAUAAUUCAAAUUUUUAUUAUUAUAAAAUUGUUAAUAAUUUGAUCUUUUAUUUGUUUAUUAAAUUAAAACUACGUAAAAAAAAAAUUACAGGAUUUUUGUAAAGUUGUCAUUUUUAAAUGAUAAAAUUUAUUGAUUUGUUCUAUCCUUGUUCUUUUUAUAAUGAUUAUACCUUGUCUUAAAAAUUGUGUUAGAUAUGAUUGAAAAUUAUAUAAUCGUAUAUGUUAAUGUUUUUUCUUUAGAUGCUUAUGUUUGACUUUCGACAUCAUAACAUUGAAAUGACCUGUGCCCUGUUGGAGACCUGUGGGCGUUUCCUCUAUAGAUCACCAGAUUCCCAUUACCGUACCAAGAUAUACCUGGUGAGUUUUUAUUAUAUCUUGUAAAAUUAAGUAUCAUCUGUUAAUGACUAGCAAUGAAAAACAAAUCUUGACAAGAGUGAAAAUAUUCUACAAUUCAAAAGAUAAAUUAGUUUUAAAUAAAGAUGUUCUCACAUUUUCAUUGGCUUAGCUAAAACAAGUUGAAAUAUACACUAAUAAAUUUUCUUGGUUUACAGGAAGUGAUGAUGCGUAAAAAAUCAGCCAUGAAGUUGGAGUCCAGGUAUGAAUCAAUGAUAGAGAAUGCCUUCUACUACAGCAAUCCUCCUGAGGUCCAAGCUGUGAUUCGCAAAGAGAGACCACCCAUGCAUGAGUACAUCCGCAAGCUACUGUACAAGGAUUUGUCCAAAGUUACAGUAGAGAAAGUAAGAACGGUUGAUAAGUUGUUUUUAAGCCAGUUUUUAAAUUAGAAUAUUUAAAAAAAAAAAAAUUUAUUUACCUGUUUCCUUAUACAAAAAGUUAUCAAGCUAAGAGAGUUUGUGAAAAUUGAGACUUAAAACUUAAAUAUGUUAAAUAAAUAUUGAUUAUUAUUAUUUAUUGGAGAAAAAUAAAGUGGAUGUAUGAAAAAAAUAUUAACUUUUGUCACAGGAUGUGCCCAAUUAUGCCAGAAGUUUUAUUAUGAAAAUAAUUAUUUAAAAAAAAAGGAAAGAGAUCAAUAUUUUCUUGUUUAUCCAGGUGCUUAGACAAAUGAGGAAGCUGAAAUGGGAGGAUCCUGAGGUUUGUUUUUAGACAUUUUAAAACCAAAAAAAAUUCUCAAUUUUCUUUUUUAGAAAUUUAAAUGUUGCCUGUUGCUUGGUAAAACUAGGUUUUUGAAAGUUUAGGAAACAAAUGUAUCACUUGUAACAUUAAGAAAGAAGCCAUUUUAAAAUAAGAUUUUAUGAGAUUAUUGGGAAGUUACAAAAUAUAAUCAACAAUAAAAGAAGUAAUGCAAUUAAUAAAUAAAAAAAAAAUGUGAGUUUUUACAAUUUGUUUGUUUACAUAUCGCAGAUUGCAUUUUAUGCAACAAAGUGUUUGACCAGUGUUUGGAAUAUUCGUUACAACUCAGUGCAUUGUGCAGCUAACUUGUUGGCAGGUGUCGCACCAUUCCAUGUAAGUUUUAUUUUUUUUAUUGCCAACGUACAUAACAUAUUAUCUAUAGCUUAGAUUUGUACCUGAAAUUUUUAAUAUUGAUAGCGCUGCAGUCUACUUGAAUCAUUUGUUACUACUUUGACCUUCAUUUUUUUUUCAAAUUUUUGUGUGUCUUUAUCUUGUUUUUUUGUGUGUGCAUUUUUGGGGGAAUUAUACAUUAUUAGUAGAAAUUAAAUUUCUGACCCGCAGCAUGUUCACCAAAUAAUUUAUUUGAGUUUUAUGCUAGAGAAUACUUAUGGAUGCAUCUCUCUCUGCUCAGCUGUCAUGGAAGUGUUGAUGUAAAUUUUAUUGCGAUGACUAGAUGUAUUUUGUUGGUGGCAUGUACCAAAUAUUUAGUAUUCAGUUAAUUUUCUUGUGAAACAGUAAGGGUUAUCAUUUGUUAUCUGACAAUAGUAAAAUUCCUAAAGCAGUAUAGCCAUAUUUUCUUUUUAAAAACUUCGCUGACCUUUCUAAAAUAUUUACAAUUUAAUUGUUGUCACUGUAACUCUCUAAAGGCAACACACACAAAAAAAACCUAACUUUUUACUCAAGUUAAAUAAAAUUUGGUUAGAUCAGGUGACAGAAAUGUGUUUUCCAAUACAACUAUAUUAAUUAUUUUUUUUAUAGAACCAUGGGGAAGUCUAGAUCUUUAAAAAAAUAGAAGAAAAAAAAUGCACUAAAAAAACAAAGGACUUGCAUGAUUAAAGGGUUACAGCAUCACCAUAAGAACUAAUUCAACAUUGUAUUUUUCUUUAUCUCAUUGAAAUUAGAUUCAAUUAGAACCCUUGAUAAAUUUUAUAUAAACUAAAUAUUUAACUGUUUAUUUAAGCUAGUUUAUUGUCAAAAAACCUCCUCUUUUUGCUUUCCGGAGGGACAAGAGCCUUAGGGACAUGCUUGUUUGAAGCCACCUCCCUGUUAUUAAAGCACAUAGAGGCACCAAAAGUUGCAACUGUAGCUGCUGUAACACUUAUCCCAAUGUGAUUGAAGUUGAGAAGAUCACUUUCCCACUGGAAAUAUUCAAAAUAAAAAAUGGCUCUAUUUGCACAAGUCGCAACAUGAUUUACACCAUCCUUUGUGAAAAGGGCUGUAAAUCAUAUGUAGGAGAGACAGGUUGUUGCCUUGUAGACCAUUUUAGAGAACACCUGCGUGACAUAAAUAAACAAGCCCUUUGUCCAGUUUCCAAACAUUUCAAUAGUGCUACCAUAAUGGAAUUUUAGACAUUGCAGUUACUGUCAUAUUGUAUGCAAGUAAUACACCAGAUAGAAUUUACAUGGAAAAUUAAGAACAAGAUUUGGUAUGCCAACUCCACAUGGUGUAAAACAAAUUUACAGUUUUACUUAGCUGCAGUGUCUUAUUCCUGUUAAGUUUUUAAAUUUUAAUUCACCCUGCUUCCUUUUUUCUGAACUUUGUUUUUGUUAGGAACCUGCACCCACUCUUAUUCUUUUCUUAAAUUUUUAGGUAGGAUACAUGUUAAUUACUUAUAUGAAUGUUUUUUUGCACUGAUAAAGGCAUUCUCCUAAACUUCUACAUUUGCAUUCUGAAUGAUCAUUAUUAAAGCUGAAUUUGUGUUGUUUUAUGUAUAAGAAUUGUUUGUGUCUAAGUAAUCUAAUUUAUUGUCAACUUUCUAUGGCUAUAGGAACAUGUAGCCAUCCAAGUUGUUGAUGGAGUUCUGGAAGACAUCCGUCUUGGGAUGGAGGUAAAUUGAACAUUUUUGGAACUAGGUGAUGUACCGUCACUGAAUUUCUUUUUACUGAUAGUUAUUGUAUGCUCCCCUGUAAGUAUAAAAGGCUCUAGUACUGGUACAAGAAAUGUUAGUGUAGCUUUGACAUUGCAAUAAAAAAUCUGAAUGUGUCAUGCAUAUCUCAGAUAAACCUGCCCAAGUACAACCAGCGCCGUGUGAGCUGUGUUAAGUACCUGGGAGAACUCUACAACUAUCGAAUGGUCGAGUCAUCAGUCAUCUUUAAGGUGCUUUACUCUCUCAUUACUUUUGGAGUAUCUUGGGAUGGUAUGUUUACUUUUGUUUUAAAUUAUAAUUCAUCCUUACCAUACAGAAAAAUAUCUGUUAAAGCUGUUGCUCUGAAAUCAAUGGUUUCAAUGACUUGUCUAAUUUUUCUAACUCAUGAACUGACAUCUCUUCUAGCCUGAUUCAUUUUUGGCUUGGUGAAUUAAAUAUGAAAAAAUCUGCAUAUUUCUGGAAAAUCUUUUCCUAUAUCAGCCUUCCAGACAUUGUAUUUUACAAUUACAAUUAUUUUGUGUCCUACGUGAUGGACUGGGUUUGCUGGGAGCCAUUCAACUCAACGAACAUUUUAUAUAAAAUAAAUUAAAAAAGAUAAUCAGUUUUGUCUUAGGUAAAGUUAUUUUUGUAUACUUGUUAGGCCUAUACUUAUUUUUGUUACUUGUCACUUGUGUACACUUGUUAUACUUAUUUAUUUCACAGAGAACGUUGUCAACCCGUUGGAUCCUCCUGAACAUUUGUUUCGUAUUCGCCUUGUAUGUGUUAUCUUGGAAACUUGUGGUCAGUUCUUUGACAAGGGUUCAAGCAAGAAAAAACUGGACUGCUAUCUCAUCUAUUUCCAGGUUAGGAAAUAAUCCACAUUUAUUUAUACAUCAAUGGACAUGUUUCAUUGAUGGCAGCACAGGUUUGUAAAGAAAAAUGUAAAAAGUCAAUGCUUUCAGUAAAUGGAUGAGUUAUUUCUUAAUUACCAUUAAAUAAAUGAAAUAUAAAAGCAUGAGACAUUGCUCCUGGGUUUCUAUACAUUAAAAAAAAAUUGAAAUUAUUCAAAUCCUCAUUUGUUAGUUACGAGAACAGUGUUAGCGUUACUUGCGGUGGGUUUCACUAAUUCUAAUUGUGAAUUUUUAAAUUUUUUAAAAAAUUUUAAUUUUCAGCCUUGGUCAGCUGUAACAAGAAAGGGGGACACAAUCGUUGUCAAAAUAUUCUUUUGUUGGUUGUAACAAUUUGAUUUGUUAUCCUGGCACUUUCAGCGUUACUACUGGUUCAAGAAAAGUCAUCCAGUGUUUGAUGCACUCCAUCCAUUCCCCAUUGACAUAGAAAACCUGAUGAAUGAAACAAUAGAAAUUGUCAGGCCACGAUUACAGCAGUACAAGUCUUACCAAGAGGCUUGUGAGGCUGCUGAGAAACUGGAGGCUGAAUACAGAGCUAAGAUUGGUAGGCAUAGUUGGCAUAGCUAUUUGUUUGAACAUAUGUGAGCUAAGAUUGGUAGGCAUAGUUGGCAUAGCUAUUUGUUUGCACAUAUGUGAGCUAAGAUUGGUAGGCAUAACUGGUUGCUAGAACAUAUUUAUGCUAAGAUUGAUAUAGUUAGUUAGCAUAGCUAUUUGCUUGAACAUAUGUGUGCUUAAAUUGGUAUAGUUAGUUAACUUAGCCAUUUGCUUGAACAUGUGUAUGCUAAGAUUGGUAGGCAUAACUAGUUACUUGAACUUAUGUAUACUAAGAGUGGUAGGCAUAGCUAAUUGCUAGAACAUAUGUACGCUGAGACUGGUUAGGCCUAGAAGGCUAUUUGUACAACGCUUCAUAUUUUAACUUUGUGCUAUCUUUCUCCUACAGCAAGUGUUCUGUCAAUCAUUGAAACUGGGGAAGAAGGUGGAGAGGGGAUGGAUGAAGAUGAAGAGGAGGAUGGUUUGUCCACCAUUCUGGAGGGAGAAGAGCUAGAGGAUGACCUCACUCUAUCCGGUGGUGUGACAGAAGGUUCUGGAACUCAGGAUAGCGAAACAAGUUUGAGUGGAGCAGAUGCAGAUGUAAGAUAAUCGAUCAUUUUCCCAUCAAAUGUCUAUGCAUUCAGACCUGUUUACCCCCAAACUCUUAAAAUCAUACAAUAUCAUCACAAAAUCGUUCAAUACAUUACAUUAAUAGUAAAAAAAUAAACAUACAGUAUAUAUAAUGUACACACCUCAAAAUCGUACAUUAUACACCAAAAUCGUAAGAGUAAACAGGUCUGUGCAUUUAUUUUUCACUGAGCGUUUGUUUCCAAGUCCAAACUUUCUGAAAUGCAGAUACCAAAAUAAUGAGAGGUUCUUGCAGUUGUAUACAUUUGCAAUUGUGUUUUUCAGGAGCGUGAGGGUGAGGGAGAAGAUGAAAGCUCAUCCAGUGAUGAGUAUGAUGACUCUGAUGUAGAAGAGGGGGAUGAAGAAGUAAGUUAUCCUAAUGGCUUUGUUGUAAAAAAAAAAAAAUUGUACAUAAAAAAAGUCUUGCUUGUAAUACAGUUACAAGUUAACAGAUGGUAACGAUAUUUAAUCAUUAUCAUUGAUUCAAAGGGAAUUUAAUUUUCUCAUUUAUUUAAUUUAUUUUUGUUUUUAAAUUAAAUGUCAUUGUAACAAUCCAACUUGUUAAUUUAUCAUUUUCUGAUUGGCAAGUUUGGUCUGUUGUUAUUCCUGUAGGUCAAGGUUGUCAAACCCAAGACUGCACUGUGUAGAGAAGAUGAAGAUUUCAUGGCAGCCCUAGACCAGAUGAUGAAUGACACCAUACAGGUGCUUUCCUUAAAUUUUCAUUUUUUUUUCCCCACCAGAAAGUUAUUUAACUUCCAAACUUAUUGUUGUACAUCAUCCAUUAACUUUUGCAACAAGUGCAUGUCAGCCUGAAGAGAUGAGCUAUUCUUUUAUGCUAUGGGCGUAUACAUUAGUUGAAUGUAGAGUAUCUUUCACAUCUCCUUGUACUCUCACUGUUUUCUCAUUCCCUUUUUGGAGACCACUCAUGUGUUGUAUCUCACAUAACUUUAUGGUCAUAAAGCUGAGAUUGCUCAUUUGAUAACCCUUCAGCAGCAUAUUUUUUUAAUAACAUUUCAGGCUCGAACUCAAGAAGCCCUCAAGGUGCCCCAGCUGGACAUUGCCCUGCCCACUCAACUCAAAAGUAAAAAGAAAGUCACCAGCAACCUUAUUCCAGGUUUGUUUGUCUUUAGACAGUACAACACAGAUUAAUUAUUAAAAUGUACAUUUUUAAACUUUAAACGCAUUUCUAUCUUUCUAUUUUUAUUAAUUUUGAGUAUAAGUAGCAUUAUAUUUCAGUAGAGAAGUAAAAGUUUCUGAAGUCAAAUCUAAGUUCGAAUAUUUUAUUGUUAAAUUCAGGUCAAAGUCUUGCAGAGAAGGAGGAAGAGGAUAAAGAAGGAUCUUCUGGUUUAAAAUUUGUUCUGAUGACAAGGAGAGGAAAUAAGCAGCAGGUCAGAAAUGAAUGGGGUUUAUUACACCAGAAUAUGAGGACUUGAGGGUGCAGAGUAUAGACGCCUUAGUUUUUAGAUGGUAUAAAUUAAUCCAUUGAUUUAUCAGUAUAAAAACUGUUUUUUUACUCAAGGUUGCAAGGUUGCCUGUGUAUUGACAGCAUUGAAAUUUUGUUUUAGGAAUCAUAAAAUUGUAUCUGUUUCAAAAACCAUCAAACCAAUGCAACAUUUGUUAACAUAAUGUUCAAUGUACCUGACAGCUGACUGACUUUGAAAUUCCAAUGACUGCUGAAUUCGCUACCAAAUUCAAGGAAAGGGAAGAAGUAAGUCCAGCAUAUUCUGUAAUAGAUGAUUAGGAAUUUUUAUGCGAAUCCUGUUUUUACCUAAGAAAAGUCACAUCACUAGUAACACCAGUGCAAUUAACUGUGCAAUAUGUGUUGUUGCUAGUGGUUGAAUGUCUACCAAGGCCAUAACACCAGUGCAAUUAACUGUGCAAUAUGUGUUUUUUACCAGUGGUUGAAUGUCUACCAAGGCCCAUAGUAAAAAAUGGCAUCAAUUUUUCAUGAAGUAAAGAUCCAGCCAACUCAUUUGAAGGAAAUAAUUAAUGUAACAUGUUGCUUGGAAAACUUUGCGGGAGAAUUGAACUAGAGAAGUUGUCAGCAACCCAAGGCUCUGAAAAGAUCUAGUAUUUUUUUUUAAUGAAAAAAUGUAUAUAUAUUAUUUAGUUAUUUAUUUUGUAAAACCGUUUUUUUUACUUAUCUGUGUCUCUAUACUGACAUGGGCUCCCAAAAUAUUUUCCCAGCAGAUAUAAAUAUAAUUUAUAAAAAUGGCUUAUCACACACAAAAAGUUUCAGCCCUGUAAACUAGAAGAGCAUAAUAUUAAUAUCAGUAUGACUGAUGUUUUGUGGUGCAAAUUGCCAUAUGUUAUAUGAUCUAGAUUUAAGAAAUGGUCAGGGGCUUUAAUUUCAAAGCACUCAUCACACAGAAUGGCACUUCAUGGAAACUGAAACAAAUCUGUUUUAAAAAUUAAAAAAUUGUAAACAGAUUUAUUCUAAUGGAUUUUUUCAAUACAAGCCACUUAAAAAAGAUAUUGAUAGUUUAAAAAAAUUAUUCGAAGCUUCAUCUUAUUUGAUAAACUUACAUUUUCUACUAUUAGUGGAUUCAAAAUAUUUUUUCAAUUGAUAACCCUUAGAACCCCUUAUUCAGCUUUAUCAGUGUGUGUGUAAAAAAUCCAUAAACUCUGCCAGACCAAUAUUUGGCUGUCCUGUACCUUAACUUAGAUUGACUAAAACGAGAGCAGUUUGAUGAUAAUGUAAAUGAUUUCAAAUUAUUUUGAUCUAGUUUUAGGAAAGAUUUAUAAUAAUAGCAAAAAGACAUUUGUAAUAUUGGAUUGACUUCAACUAUUGCUAGUGAUACUAUUUGUGCUUUUGGAAAUAAACAAACAACAUGGUCUUAUCCCUAGUCCCAGCCCUGGCUUUUAUGAAAAUUAGGAGCAUGAAAGGAUUGUCUCCUUUGUUGCGCCGCACCAAUUCUAAAGCAAUUGAUAAAUUUUAUAACCGUAAUGGGCGCCCAAAUUUAGAUAGAAAGAAAUAAAAUUUACAGACUCGUGGAAUUUUGUUUGCUUGUGUGUCUGUGUAAAUUUUCCCCAGAUGCCCAGGGGAUGGCUAUGUCAGGACCAGAGCCAAUGGCUCAAAGGGUUAAUAAAACCGAUAUCUUAAAUUAUAUAAAGCUAAUACAUACAUGUAAAAUAUAGCUACCACACAAUUCCAUUUAAGUUAUGUCUAUUACAUAACCCUGUAAAUGAGAUGGUAUUACAUAUGUUGGAGGUAUUGCUAAAAAAAAAUCCCAUGUUGCAUAUUAGUGAUAAAUAAUCCUUUGUAAGAUAUGACAAACACAUAAUACCAUGUAAGAAUGUUGCUAUAUUACUUAACAUCCUUGAACUUCAGGCUGAAAGGCUAGAAAAAGAAAAGAUGAAACAGAUGGUGCUUAACUUCCAUGAGAGGCAAGAGGAGGAAGAGUAUCAAGGUCAGUGGUCUCCAUCGUCUGUCUGGGCUUUGUUGGAGUCAAGCUUUACACAUACAUCAUAGGAAACUUCAUCUUCAGCAAUGUUUAAUCAUACAGAGUUGUAAUAUGAAGGAAGCAGAGCAAAAAUUGUUGGCCUGAAAAACAAAAACUUAGUUUUUGAAAAGAGAAAUUAUACAUGCACAAAGUUCUGGCCCUUGUUUUCCUAAAACGUUUUGUCAUCAAAAUUCUGGCCAAGAGCUAUUCAAGUGCUGAUGGUUCUGUGAUAUUCUUUUUUUUACCAGAAGUUAUGGCGAGCAUCAACCGUCCCGCCACCAACAAUGUCAACAGAGAGAGGAAGGUCAAGUACCAACAUCCUAAGGGGGCCCCAGAUGCAGAUCUUAUAUUUGGAAACAAGUGAGAAUAAUUGGUGUAUAUGUAAGCCAUUGUUUUCUUUUAUGUACAGAAUACUCUUGAACUUGGACUUUGUGAUCACCCCUGCCAUGACCUGCUUGAAAUGAAUACAUUCAGUUUUAAUGGACUUUUUUUUGGUUUUUUAUUGUUGUGUUGGUGUUAUUUCAGUUGUCCCCCUUCAUUUUUUUUCCAUCUUGCCUCACAAUCUAUUCACCAUUUGCAUCCACCAUCCGUGGCUACAAUCUGUCUCUCCUAGCUGUCUCAAUCCUUUACCUUGUAAGAGCCAAGUUAUUCAGUGGGGCAUUCAAUGAAAGGAGGCUGCUCCCAAAUAGAAUUUUGUCAAUAAAGAUAAUACAGUACCCGCAACUCUUUCAUGACAUUUUACAGAUAUUGUUUUUGGGGUCAAAUAUCUGCCUAAAUAAAAUUUAUUCAAAGUGAUGUAAAUAAAAUGUUAAAAAUUUUCAAUCAAUAAAAUGUAAGGGAACAGAUUGACAUCUAGUAGAAGGCCCUGCUUUGAGAGUAUUUCAAUUUUAUGAUAGAUGAAUUCAGAUGGUGCUGAAACUUUGUCAGUUUUAUACAUUGUCUUGAUCAAAGGGGCCAUCAUCCUAAUAUAAUGGUAUCAUAAUGUAUCAUUCUGAUUGGCCUAGUGGAGGAGAUAAAUGGGCAUUUCCAAAUUUUUUUCUCUGGUUAGUCAUAGUUGGUCACAUACUCCUAAGAGGUCAUGGUGUUUACUCAUGAAUUUUACAGUUAGAUCCCUUUAAUGAAAGAACUUGUUAUUAUACUUUGUAAAAGUCAAUGAAGCACUUAUUAUACUAUGAUAAAGUCAGAGAAGCACCUGUUAUGCUAUGUAAAAUUUAUAGAAGCACCCAUUGAAAUCAUCCCAACAGUACUACCAGGGCUGCAAGAAGUUAGUCAAACAUUUAUGAAACGGUAAUUGAAGAUUUCUGAAUCCAGGUUUCAGUUUAGAACAGACUGAAAAAAAAAAUAAUUGUCAUGUCACUUGUCAUUCAGUUUUUAUCUGCAAUCCAACAUAACUCGUAAAGACAAAAAAUUUGUUCCAAACUCUGCAGCCUUGGUAAAAGCUUUUUUGGUAUUGUCUAAAGACAAUAUUUUUUCAUCUGUCCAAUAGAAAACGUUGAGACAACAGCUCCGUUGCAAUACAUAAGACAUUGAACUCUGCCAAUUCCAAGUGAAUGGACCCCCUCUGCUCCCAAUGAAACAGGCACAAACUGCCAUACAAAAAAAAUGGACAUCUCAAGGACUUAUAUUUUCAAGGCAACUUGAGAAAAUUUCCCACAAGAGAGGACUUCCAUGGGAUAUUCAACGCGUGGUCCGUGAGACGACCACCGUAAGCCGAAGCAACGGAUAUUUUCUUUAAGACAAUUAACAUUUUAUAAAUCUGAUUUCCUUCCUUCUGGCUCAUACAAUAGUUUGGUUUAUCUUGCAGUGCUGGUACUAAGCACAUGAAAUAGUGCGGCCCAUGUAUCCGUAGCUGAAUCAAAGCAGAUUUUGUGACUAAAAGAUAUUUUAAAGAAUAUAUUGGAAGUGGAAGUGUCUGAAAACAAGCGUACCAAAGCCAGAAGAUUUUACUAUGAAUAUCAAUUUGAUCGAAGUUUCUUACUGACGGCAAGGAACAGCUGUUCGAAAAUUAUUAUGAUUUAUUAUUUUCGAUUUUGCUGGUCUUGAUACAAAAUGAAAUUCGAACUCCUUUUGUUCCAUAAUACUAUAAUAAUAAUGUACCUGAUUAUUUGAUUUUGUUGUGCGUUUAUGGCUGGUGGGAGUACUGAUCUUUCAGACUGAUUCUAAUGUGACUUGGACAAUGGUAUUUUAAAGCAGAUAUUUCUCCCAAGGCUGCAAAGAUGCAAGCAUCCUGCAUACCCUAUAAUGGUUUACACAGGAAGAAAAAAAAAAAGUACCGUUUUGUAAAUGCCAGUUUACACCACGAAAAAAAGGAGAAUUAUCGUCUCAAUAGAUUUGGUCUUGGGAAUUAGGAUGGAGCCCUAAUAGUAAAAAUUGUAAUGCAAUUUUGGUCGUGAAGUUUAAUGGUCAAGAAGCAUAGCAGAGAACCCCUUCUAAGUUGAGGAGUACACUGUAGCACUGUUUAUCAGAGAAGUUUAAAGGAGCACUAUUUAACUAAAGGUCCAAGAGGUGAAAUUAGCCAUUUUUAAUUGACCCAUGUCAACCCACUAAAUGUGUACAUAUUUAAUCCUCCCUUAAAUCCUUAAUUGGUCAUAGCUCAUACCUUUAUCUUCAGGUACACCGACCAUUACCUAAUUCUUUCUGUUAAAGGUUGGUUUUUUUUUGUGUGUUUUUUAAAAAUAAUGAUCCUGAUCACUGAUCUAAUCUUAUUGUUAUUGUGGGGCUAGAGAAAUCUUAAAAACUGACUCAUCAAAGUUUCUGCAAGGGUUUUAUUUUUCAGUGAAAGAAAGAUCACAUCACAUGCCAAUAUUAAACCAAAUUGGCAACUUUUCUUGGAAGAGGAGGCGGACCAUGCAGACAUGAAUAAUUACUUGCAUUUUGAGUACAUUUCUGAUACACAAAAAUGUGAUAAUUAUGAAUUAAAUGAAUGGACUUUAUGAGCUGGAUUUUAAUAAGAGAAACAAAAGUAAGGUAAUGUAGCCAAUAGGAUGAUGCCACACAUUCUGCCUGGAAAAUGAAACAUACAUGUCGAAGUAAAACUGAAAUUCAAAUCUCAUCAAUUAAUCACCUGACUUGAAAUGUAACAAAUAUCAACUUUCCCAUUUGAUCUUGUUGCAAAGUUUCAAUAAUUUGAAUUUUUAAGAGUGGAAUUUUGAUUUAAUCAAUUUUUUUCUUACAUUCUUAUAUUUCAUCACAUAAAAAAAAAACACUAAUGGUUUAUCCAUUAAAUGGGUUGUGUUUCUUAAAAGUAUUUCUGACUGAAGUUUUACCAUGAGAUUAAAAAUGGUGGCACAAACCUAAUCUUGAAAUAUUCUGUUUGCAGUUCUGUACUACAAAAUUAGCAUGUUCCAGCUCAGUCUCUGAAAGAUGAUGUCCUUUUGAUAAGUUGUGUGAAUGAUGAUGUCCUUUUGAUAAGUUGUCUGUUAUUUAGGUCAAAUGUGAGAAAGUUCAUUCCCUGUCCCUCAGCAAAAAUGAACUUUCUCCAAAUAAUUCCCCCCCCCCCAACCCCCACACACACCACC